CAUGGGGACGCAGGGGGACAGGAAAGGGCAGCGCUGGCGGUGCAGGCGAGGUGCGGGCAGAGGCGGGGUGGGGGCAGUGCUCACAGCCCCCUGGGACCCAGUCCACAGUCACCGGAAGUCAGCCAACUCCGCCUCAGCCUGGACUUUGAUGCCUAGGCACACCUCAGAGCCAGAAGUUUAUGGCUCCCACCUGCUCUGACUGACAGGAAGCGACUCCACCCUGAUUCUUUCCACCCCACCGUGGUCAGGGAAUCCAGGAAACCCCUUCUGGCCGUGAUCUCACAGCGUACCCUGUUCCCCACCCUGGGACCAGCAGCACACAGGAGAGGGGAAUGGCUGGCUCGGCCAUCGCCGCUGGAAAACACUGGGUAACUGCCGGUGCCCUGGAGUUUGGACCCGCUCAGCUGACCCGGGUGGUGGUAGCCCAGGGUUCUGGGGAGCCCGAGAGGCGGGGAAGGUGGCUCUCGUGGGCCGACGACGUGCCUGCCGUCCUGGCUCUGGACCGCAGGGUCCUGUCCCACCGUGACUCACUCAUCCGUGACUCCAUUUCGAGGAAAGAGCCUCCUUCCCAGGCAGCGAGGCAGAAGCUGAGGCGGACGGCCUGGGCGUGGCACCAGCGAUGCCCUCCACCCCCUCCCUGCAGGUGGUCCACAAGGGCACUGCCACCUGUCCCGCCUGUGCCCAGCCUCUGGAGGAUGCCGUGACAGCCACCUGCGGACACGACUUCUGCCGCCUCUGCCUCUUCCCACCCUCCCACAUGGGGUCCCAGCCCUCAGGCCGGAUCCUGCUUUGCCCGGUGUGCCAGGAGGAAGAGGAGCAGACAGAGAACGUCAUGACCCCAGUGCCCCUGGGCCCUCUGGGGGAGACCUGCUGUGAAGAGCAUGGUGAGAAGAUCUACUUCUUCUGCGAGAACGAUGCUGAGUUCCUCUGCGUGUUCUGCCGGGAGGGGCCUGUCCACCAGGCCCACACCGUAGGCCUCCUUGAAGAGGCCAUUCAGCCCUACCAGGAGCGUCUCAGGAGCCGGAAGGACGCAGUGAGCAUGGAGAGAGAUGAGAUUGAGGACACCAAGUGUCGGGAGGAGCAGAAGAUCCAAGAGCUACUGAGUCAUAUUGAAAACAAGAAGCAGCUGGUGGAAGCCACCUUCCAGAGGCUGCAGCAGGAGCUGGAGGAGCAGCAGCGCCUCCUGCUGGACAGGCUCAGGCAGCUGCAGCAGCACAUCUGGAAGGAGAGGGAUGAGUACAUCACCAAGCUCUCGGAGGAGGUGACCCGGCUGGGAGCCCAGGUCCAGGAGCUGGAAGAGAAAUGUCAACAGCCAGCAAGUGAGCUUCUACAAGAUAUCAGAGUCAGCCAGAGCAGGUGUGAGACAAAGACGUUUGUGUGUCCGGAGACCAUUUCUUCUGAACUUAUCCGGAAGACCCGCGACCUCCACAGGAAGAUCCUCGUCCUCCCUAAGAUGAUGAACACAUUCUCAGAAAGGCUGGCGCAUCAUCUGGAAACAGAUUCAGGGCUCCUGAUUCUGGACCCCCAGACUGCCAGCCGGAGCCUGGUGCUGUCGGACAACGGCAAGUCGGUGAGGUACACUCGGCAGAAGCAGAACCUGCCCGACAGCCCUCUGCGCUUCGACAGCCUCCCUGCUGUGCUGGGCUGCCCAGGCUUCUCGUCCGGGCGCCACCGCUGGCAGGUGGAGGUGCAGCUGGGCGAGGGCGGCAGCUGCAUCGUGGGUGUGGCCGCCGAGGAGGUGAGGCGCAAGGGCGAGAUGGGUUUGAGCGCCGCGGAGGGCGUGUGGGCCGUGAUCCUGUCGCACCAGCAGUGCUGGGCCAGCACCUGCCCAGGUACCGACCUCCCACUGGCUGAGAUCCCAUGCAGCGUGUGUGUCGUCCUGGACUACGAGGCGGGACGCGUGGCCUUCCUGCACGCAGACACGCAAAAGUCCAUCUUCACCUUCACAACCUCUUUCUCUGGCAAAGUUUACCCUUUCUUCUCUGUCUGGAAAAAGGGCUCCUGCCUAACCGUGAAAGACUGAGGCGAGCGAUUGGGCGGCAGAGAGGGCAGUACUGGGCGGGGUUGAACAAGGAGGACCCAGCUCUUCCCCCGAGGCCCAGCCCCAAGAACCCAGUUCCACCCCUGCAUUUCCUGCACCUGAUCUGGCUAGGAGAACACCCUGAAGCUGAGAUGGGUGAGGAGAAGGCAAGGAGCCGGGGAAAUGGGUCUU